AUGGGUAACAUAGGAAGGAUAUUCUGCGUGGCUCUGCCAUUUGCCCUGACAGUGGCCAGUUUGAUCGCCCUGCUGGUCGCUGGUCUCUCGGGGGUUACCGACAAGAGCAUGUACCUUUUCAAGGUCAACACCACCGAUCUGUCCAUCAGCUCGUCCUCCAUCACCAGCUUGUUAAGCGACCGGGGCCUCCACCAGCGUGAUCUCUCGGAUUCCAUUAUUGCUGCCACCAGCGGUGCUGCUAGCGGUGCCUCCGACUUCGUCUCGAGUGCCACUGACUCCGCCCAGGCUGCUGGCGCCUCUUCCCUUGCCGACGUCGAGUCCUCCAUCACCGGCAUUGCCAGCGGUACCAACAUCACAGCUUCCGACCUCGGCCUGCCUGACGCCUACCUGGUCAGCCUGUGGGGCUACUGCGAGAUUGCUGCUUCUGGAGACAAGACCUGUGAGAAGGCCCAGUUCGACUGGGCUUCCAACGCCAGCUCCAACUUCCAGGCCAAGCUCGACUCCGUCGCCGGUGCCUCUGGCGAGAAUGUCACCAUUCCUGACAGCAUCAAGACCGCCAUGAAUACCUUCAGUACCGUCACCAAGUGGACCGAGGUCGUUUUCAUCAUCGCCUACGUCGCCCUCGGAGUCUCGCUGUUCCUGGGCAUCUUCGCCAACUGCUCGCGGGCCUUCUCGUGCUGCACCUUCAUCACCUCGGCCUUUGCCGCCUUUGCCGUCUGUGCUGCCGCUGCCCUGGCCACUGCUAUGGCUUCUGUCGUUGUCGGUGCCGUCGAGGGUACCGCCAAGGUGUACGGCGUCACCGGCUCCAUCAACACGAAGUUCCUGGCCGCCGCGUGGAUUGGGGCCGCCUUCGCCAUCGGUGCGGCCUUCUUCUGGAUGUUCACUAUCUGCUGCUGUGCCCCCGACCACAACAAGUCCCGUGGCAAGAGCGCCGGUUUCAGCCGCAACAAGCACCUCGACGACGCCGAGAAGCUACCCAUGUCUGGUGCCUACGCGCCCCUGGGCGAGUCUCAACACGCCUACGGAGGUGGCCAUGACAACGCGUACGGCAACACUGCCUACGGUGGUGGCUUUGGCCAGGGCGCCGCAUACGGCAACCCCCGGACUGGUCGUAAUGACCUGGCCUACGAGCCUUACCAGCACCGCUCUUAA